CGUACGACUGGUUCCGUAUUGAUUUGCCAUCUGAGCCAACUGACGUAAAAAGAAACAGAUCAAAAAGCGGGAAUUAGAAAAUGUCAAAUCCACUGUUCACGUUCAGACCCACAAAAGAUAAAUUACAGCCGUUCGAGAAACGUUUUUCGAAACGAGAAACUACUGUCAGAAAGUGGACAUUUGUACGGGAUUCAGAAUCAGUUGCCGAGACCAAUAAAAGAAGAGAUAGUCUUAGAUCAAAUGCGUCAACCAGAUUGAGUGCAUCACUUAGUAAUCUUAAAAGAAAAAGUUCCAUACCAGCCAUCCUAGAAGGAGUCAAUCUACCAUCAGACACACCAGAAGGUAGUGAAAAUGGAAGUGAUUUGAACUCGGACCUAAGUCCCUAUUCUCAGACAAGAAAAAAUAAAUCUGCGAAUGGAAGUGAUAUAUUGACACAUGCAUCACUACGGUCAAGAACAAAACAGAAAGUACAAGUGGAGUCAGAUGAUAAUGUAUCAUCAAGUUCAGAGUUCAAGACUACAGGGUCAGAUCAAGGAACAAUCACCUCGACUCUCGACUCAAACAAAGAAAGUUAUACUGAAACUUUUAGAACAUCUCCAAGAAAAAAACUAAAACAGAUUGAUACUGAAACUAUUAGCAGAUCUCCAAGAAAAAAACCAAGACAGAAUGAGGAUAAAGCUUCAAAGAAUUUGCAAGCUGUCAGACAUUCUAUUGUGAUAGAUGAAGUUUCCAGUGAUUCCACAUCACCUUUGUAUAGGCAAAGCAAGGAGGAGACACUCAGGCAAUCUCCAAGGAAAAGGCCGUUUCAAUCAGUUCAUAAUAGCAGUGUCAAUAAUAAUUCUGUAAUGUCAACAAAAAUUUCAUCAGCAAAAAUGGCUGAUGUUGAUAUUUCAGAAAAGAGUUUAAGAAUAGAAUUAGAACGCAUAGAUGGUGCUGAUGAAUCAGAAGGAGGAAUUGUGGUUCAGAAUGAUAAGAAAGUUGAAAGGGAACUAGCCUCUUGCAAAAAGUUAAAGACUUCUAUCAAUGAACAAGCAUUAUCUAGAAAUACAAAUAUUGAUGAUGGGAGACGAAGUUCAAGAUUGCAUAAAGUUUCACAGAUGAACUCUGAUCAAGAUAGUCCUCAGAAAUCAGUAAGAAAUUCAAGAUUGCAGGCAGAUUCACCUAUGAAGUCUGCUGAAGAUAGUCCUCAAAAAUCAGUUAGAAGAUCAAGAUUGCAGAAAGUUUCUCCCAUGAACUCUGAUGAAGAAAGUCCUCAUAAAUCUAGGAGGAGGUCAAGAUUGCAGAAAGUUUCACCUAUGAAGACUGAUGAAGACAGUCCUCAGAAAUCAGUGAGAAGAUCAAGAUUGCAAAAAGUUUCACCCAGGAAGUCUGAUGGAGAUAGUCCUCAGAAAUCAUUGAGAAGAUCAAGAUUAGAAUCGUUAGAUUCCCAAGAUCAAACCACUGACAUAAAUGAAAAAAGAAGUUCAAGAUUAACAAAAUUGGAUCAUAAAAAUACUGAUAAUGACACCUUGUACAGUACUUCUUCCGAAGAAAUGGUCAAUAGACAAACAAAAGUUACAAUUAGUAGGCAAAAAGAAGGUCUGAAAAAAAUAGAAACUUCAAGUGAUAACGUAAUAGAAGACAGUGAAGAAAUUUCAGGAGAUAAUCCAGAAAAUGUAACAGAAGAAAAUGAAGAAAUUUCUAGAGAAAAUGUGAUCAAAGAUCAUCAAAGAUCAUCAAGGUUCCAACAAAAGGACAUUUCUGGUCAAAACCAUAUGAGCACUGCAGUAAACCCAGUAAAUAUUAGUUAUGUAGAAAAUUGGAAUGAAAGAAAAUUAAACGAACUUGAUAAUGACAGUGAAUCAGACAAAAUAUCUAAAAAUAACUCAAAAUCUAUAAAUAGCGAUAUCAGCAGACGACAGGUAAGUACAGAAGAAAGUGAAGACAUAACAGAAGACCAACAUGUAUUUUCUGAAUCCUUUGAAGAAAGUGAUGGAUACAAAUCAAGAGAAGAUAUUUUUAGAACUGCAAGUAGUGAUGAAAAGUCUAUAGAUAGUGAAGUAAGAAAGAAUACAGAUCAAGAUCAACGAACAGAAAAACAAAAUACUUCAAGGUUAUCCCCCCUGAGCGAAUUACAUACGAACACUGGACACAAAGAAAAUAAAAUAAAUGAAACUAGUUUCCAAAAUCAGCAAAAGGGAAAUGAAAAAAAUUCAACAUUGUCUAAAAGUUCAAGGUCAAAUGAAAAACAUGAAUUGUCCUUAUCUGAAAAUAAAAAUUCCUCAUGUCAAGAGGAUGUUGUUUCCAUGGAAACAGAUAUCAACAGCACUGAGCAUCAGAUGGAACCAAAAUUGUUAGAUGUUCAUGAAAUCAAUGAAGAAGAAAUUGGACAGGAAGAAAAAGAAUUUUCCCAUCAUACUGAAGGUGACCUUGUUGAUACAGAUAAUGAGGGUGAAGCGUCAGGUAAUAAAGAACAGAGUUCACAUAACCAUAGUGACCAUCCAAGAGAAAUAGAAUCGGCCCAUCGUACUGAAGAUGACCUUGUUGAUACAGAUAAUGAGGGAGAAGUAUCAGGUAAUAAAAAACAGAGGUCACAUAACCAUGGUGACCAUCCAAGAGAAAUAGAAUCAUCAUAUCUUACUGAAGAUGACCUUGUUGAUACAGCUAAUGAAAGAGAAGUGCUGGGUAACAAAAAACAGAGGUCACAUAACCAUGGUGACCAUCCAAGAGAAAUAGAAUCAUCCCAUCUUACUGAAGAUGACCUUGUUGAUACAGCUAAUGAAAGAGAAGUGCUGGGUAACAAAAAACAGAGUUUGCAUAACCAUUGUGACCAUCCAAGAGAAAUAGAAUCGAUACUAGUACAUGUAUCAUCUGAUACACCUGCAAGGAAAAAGUCAAUAAAUGCUGUGAAAAAGAAAGUGAGGAUUGUUGCUGACGAACCAGAAUCUUUCAAUGAAGAAAGAACUGUACGAAUGUGGAAAGGCAAUGAUAGAAAUAGGACAAAAGGAGACCUGAUAGAUCUAGAUAUUGUACUAGAAACAAUCACUAAUACAAUUGAUGAACGACGGUCUGGAUGUUCAGAAAGUUUAGGAAAGAAAGCAUUAAACAGUAUGCUUGUGUACACCAGGAAAGAGAUCACUGACACGAUUAACAAGAUUGAAGAUUUGAAACAAGACAAAAAAGAUUUGUCAAGGUCAAGGAAAGAUGUGAAAAUGUUAAGAGAGAAAUUGUUACAACUUCAGAUGGAUAGAACAAGUUUAAUGAAAAAAAUCAAGGCAAAAAAACAAACCAUAAAGCCUAAACUAAAUGAUAUAAGCCAAUGGUUGACAAGUAUGACACGUCUGAUGAAAGUAACACCUAAUACUAAGUCUCCCAGGAAAGUGGUAUACACAACUUUUGGUAACUUCCCGUUUAAUAUCUAAUGGAGACAGUUAACUAAGAUAAAAUAAGAAGAGCAUUGUGAUUUACAGAAAAUUCUUGCUGAUAGAUUCUGAUUAUAGAAUAAAAGACAGGAACAUCUAUAAAUAUACAUAUAAAUAUAUGUGUACAUUUGAUUUUUAAUGCUUUUGUACAAGCAUUAAGCAAUAAAGUUAUACUGUUUUUAUGGUAAAAUGGUAUUUAAUGAUAUUGAAAAUC